CGCCCCCACGCGCGGGCGCCUCCCCCUCCCCCGGCCGGGGCGGCUGGCCAGCCCGGAGUCGCUGGGCGCUCGGGGUCGCCUCGCAGCGCCUCUGCACGCACGGCCACGUGCCUUCCUUGGUGUGUCGCGUAGAGCAGCUUUCCUGAGUGGAGGAGCUGCCUCACGGACCGUGUGACCCACGUGGCCAAGAUCAUUGGCUCUCUGGCCCCUGACAGAGGAGAUUUGUUGAUCCCGCCUCGCCAGGCCACUUGUUUCUUCCUACGCGAGUCCCUUCGUUCUUCGUCCGGUUGCUGUGAGGACAGUGCUCACAAUAUUAAAUGCUGACGUUUUUGCGUGUUGACUCCAUGCCGGGCUUGGUGGAAGGCUGUUUGAAAACCAGCCAUCGCUAUCCAGACUCUGCAUGAGGGCCACCACCUGCAGGAAGCCUUCCCUCACCUACUCAGAUGCGAGCCCCUCCGGCCCCCCGCUGACCUGUCGCUGAAGCCGGCCCGCCCCCCCAGGCCCAGCAUGCGCCUGUCGGUGCGGAGGGCGCUGCUGGCGGCCGGCUGCGCGCUGGCCCUGGUGCUGGCGGUCCAGGUGGGUCAGCAGGUGCUGGAGUGCCGCGCAGUGCUGGGGGGCUCGCGCAGCCCCCGGGGGGCCAUGCGGCCGGAGCAGGAGGACCUGGUGAUGGUGGGCGCGGACCGCGUGGAGUACCGCUACGGCAAGGCCAUGCCGCUCAUCUUCGUGGGCGGUGUGCCCCGCAGCGGCACCACGCUGAUGCGCGCCAUGCUGGACGCCCACCCUGAGGUGCGCUGCGGCGAGGAGACGCGUAUCAUCCCGCGCGUGCUGGCCAUGCGCCAGGCCUGGUCCAAGUCUGGCCGCGAGAAGCUGCGGCUGGACGAGGCAGGCGUGACGGACGAGGUGCUGGACGCCGCCAUGCAGGCCUUCAUCCUGGAGGUGAUUGCCAAGCACGGUGAGCCGGCGCGUGUGCUGUGCAACAAGGACCCCUUCACGCUCAAGUCCUCCGUGUACCUGUCGCGCCUGUUCCCCAACUCCAAGUUCCUGCUGAUGGUGCGCGAUGGCCGGGCGUCCGUGCACUCCAUGAUCACCCGCAAGGUCACCAUCGCCGGCUUUGACCUCAGCAGCUACCGCGACUGCCUCACCAAGUGGAACAAGGCCAUCGAGGUGAUGUACGCCCAGUGCAUGGAGGUGGGCAAGGACAAGUGCCUGCCCGUGUACUACGAGCAGCUGGUACUGCACCCCAGGCGCUCCCUCAAGCUCAUCCUGGACUUUCUGGGCAUCGCCUGGAAUGACGCCGUCCUGCACCACGAGGACCUCAUUGGCAAGCCCGGUGGCGUGUCCCUGUCCAACCUGUUCUUUCUCCCCAGGAUCGAGCGAUCCACAGACCAGGUCAUCAAGCCUGUGAACCUGGAAGCGCUCUCCAAGUGGACCGGCCACAUCCCCGGGGACGUGGUGAGGGACAUGGCCCAGAUCGCCCCCAUGCUGGCUCGGCUCGGCUAUGACCCCUAUGCAAACCCGCCCAACUACGGCAAGCCUGACCCCAUCGUCAUCAACAACACGCACCGGGUCUUGAAAGGAGACUAUAAAACACCAGCCAAUCUGAAAGGAUAUUUUCAGGUGAACCAGAACAGCACCUCCUCUCACUUAGGAAGCUCGUGAUUUCCAGAUCUCUGCAGAUUGUUGCCGAGAGGAGAAGACACUGCAUUCGAGUGGAAAUCGGACCUCUAAUCCAAGCAUAUUGCUUGCUAUUAAUCGCCAAAACAGGACUGCUAAGGAGGAAUGUAUUUGCAUAUGUUUGCAAAAGCUGCAUCACUGAAAACUUACCCGGAGACUCUCUACCUUUGGACGCUGGGGUGGGGGGCGUGGAGAGCCAGGGGUGUGGCAGUAGUCCGGCUUUUGAAACUUAGGUAUUUUUUAAUCUUUCCCCUCAAGAACUUUUUUUUAAGAAAUGGAUUUGCCAUUUUUCUUAAUUUGCGGGACUGCCUUGGUGGCUUUGUUGGUGGGGACAAGGCCCACACCUGUGCCUCUCCUGUUGACCCUUACUUUUCAAUUCAAAGAAUCUAUUUAAGAAUUUAAUAUAUGAGGUUUUCUUUGAUUCUCCCUCAGUUCUACUCAGAUUCAGAGAAAAAAAUUAUUUGAAUAAAGUGAACAGGGACUCACUUGUCUGCGCCUGAC